AGAAACCCAUCAUCCACCGAACCCAACUUGCCGUAUCCUUGUUCCUUCGCCAGGACCUUCACCUUCUCACGGAUUCUUGUACCCUCUUCAGGUAUAAGCACCUGAUUUGAUUCCCCAUUGAACCGCCUCAAUAAUUCUCCAAGUACUGCCGCUAAGUAUUGGAAGUUUUGAUUUUCUAGUACAUUUAUGGCUACCCCAAAUAAAUCAACUCUAGUAAUGCCUUCAGAAUCCUUGGAACAGAUGGGAAAAAAUACCACUGAAUCAAAUGCAAACAUGCCUCAAUGUCCUUUAAGCCCACAACUCCGUAGCUCCUUAGAUGGUCCGGUAGCUAUCCUUUGGGAUAUUGAAAAUUGUUCUGUUCCAAGUGAUGUGCGCCCUGAAGAUGUGGCAGGUAAUAUAAGAAUGGCUUUACGGGUGCACCCAGUAAUUAGAGGAGCUGUUAUGAUGUUUUCUGCUUAUGGGGAUUUCAAUGCUUUCCCUAGGCGACUUAGAGAGGGCUGUCAGAGAACUGGUGUUAAACUCAUUGAUGUUCCCAAUGGGAGAAAAGAUGCUGCUGACAAAGCUAUCUUGGUCGACAUGUUCUUAUUUGCACUUGACAACCCUCCACCAUCCUCUAUCAUGCUAAUAUCUGGAGAUGUUGAUUUUGCACCAGCCCUUCACAUUCUCGGUCAGCGGGGAUAUACUGUAAUUCUUGUCAUCCCUGCUGGGGUGGGUGUUUCUUCUGCCCUAUGCAAUGCUGGUAAAUUUGUCUGGGACUGGCAGAGUGUGGUUCGUGGAGAGGGCUUUGUUCCCCCUUCAAAGGCCUUAGUGCCGCCUCGUGGAGGUUCUGUUGAGCUUACUGGAUAUUUGAUGGGAUGUCAUAUCAAUGACAAUUCUGAUGGUCCAAAUGAAGAAGAAGCAAUAGUUUAUAGGGGGAUGUCACAUAGCUAUUAUAACUCGAGGGAAUUCUCAAUGGUGUCACAAUCUCUCUCUGAAUACAAUGGUGGCACAUCGAACAUGUCUUGCUUGCCGACAACUUUGAGAUCACAUAGUCUUCCAUCUGGAUUGAAUGAUGCUUCAGGAGGACCUAUGCCUUAUAGUGACCAUAAUGAAUGCCCAUUAUGGGUGCAGCCUGGGGAUUUAAAUGGUCUCAAGGGCCAGCUGGUAAGGUUGCUUGAACUUUCUGGAGGAUACCUGCCUCUGGCCCGAGUUCCAGCAGAGUACCAGAAAACUUAUGGGAGACCUCUUUAUGUAGCUGAAUAUGGGGCAAUGAAGUUGGUUAAUCUUUUCAAGAAGAUGGGUGAUACCAUGACUGUGGAAGGGAAAGGGCAUCAUAAAAUUGUGUGUCUCAGGAACUGGAAGGCUGGCCCAAGUGCUCCUCCCCUAUCUCUGGCAAAGAAAGAUAAGAAAGGAAAGGGGAGCCAGGAAAAGAAUGCGUAUGUUGUCACUGGUAGCUGCUCUUCGGAUGAGUUCUCAGAUGAAGAUAGAUUAGUCAUAGAAGAACUUGAUGAAAGAAGUUGCACAGGAAAGGGUAAUCAGGGGAGACCAGCCAGAUGUGAAAUUGAUGACCGUAUUCUUGAGCAGUUCAAGUUCGAGCUGCAAGAGAUUCUAGUCAGCUAUUCUUGUCGAAUAUUCCUAGGUUGUUUUGAGGCUAUAUACCAGCAAAGGUACAAGAAACAAUUGGAAUAUCAGAGAUUUGGUGUGGACAAGUUGGAGGAUUUGUUGGAGAAAGUGAAUGAUGUGGUAGUAUUGCAUGAGGAACCGGUAAGCAAGAGGAAGUUCCUUGCUGCUGUGGGUGGUUAGAAAACUUACACGAGGGACCGCUAUUUGUUUUAACCUUUUCUGGUGUUUUUUUUAACUUAAUGUUUUCGAUUAAUGGUCAGGAAAUACUUAUUCUCUCUAUCAACCUCAACCUUUUCUGUUUAUUUAUUUCUUCAAAGUCUUGUAAAAAUGAUAUGCUGGGCGUAAGUGUUUUUUUAUAGUCACGGGUCCUGCAUUUUAUUUGAAUCUUUCCUAAAAUUUAUGUGUUGCUUAUAUCCGGUCUCUGCAACCCAUUAGCUAGCUACUUAUAGGAGUUGGGAGAUAUGUAAAAGUAGUAGCUUUUGUACUUUUAUCUUGUAUCCAAACUCAAUAUCUAUAUACAAUUUUUCUA